UUUGGAUACAAAAUGAACCUGUGGAUAAACCAUCACCAACCACCAACUGUUUGUUAAUAAUACACACACAUCACACACUCCCAAAACCUCCAAACCUUUGAAGCAUAUCCAAAUUCAUAUUCAUAUUCAUAUGAGCUACACUGAACCCAUGAUUUCAAUCCAAGAUAAUGCCUAUUUCUUGUAGAUGGAGGCUCGACGUCGUCUCGCCAUUCUCUGUUCUCACAUUCGCCCAAUAACCGAUUUGGGUAAUUCGGAAAAUCCGAAACCCAAACGUUUCCCUUGCGUUUCGGCUUCGAAUUGUGCUUCGAUUUCGGAUGGUGAGAAUGGAAAUCCGGAAAAUAAUUGCAUUUUUUGCAAGAUUAUUCGAGGCGAAUCUCCUGCUUUGAAGCUUUAUGAAGAUGACAUUUGCCUCUGCAUUUUGGAUACGCAUCCUCUGAGUCAUGGACACUCUCUCAUCAUCCCAAAGUCUCAUUUUUCUUCCCUGCGAGCAACUCCUCCUCUUGUGGUAGGGGCUAUGUGUUCGAAAGUACCCUUUAUUAGCAAUGCAGUUAUGAAAGCUACUGGUAGUGAUUCAUUCAACUUGUUGGUUAACAAUGGUGCAGCUGCAGGCCAAGUGAUUUUUCAUACACACAUCCACAUAAUUCCUCGCAAAGCACGGGAUUGCUUAUGGGCUUCUGAGAGUUUGCUGAGGCGGCCCCUAAAGUUAGACCAGGAAACUUCCCAACUUGCAGAUCGCAUUCGAGAAAAGUUGUUAUACUCAGAAGACUCUGUAGAUAGCAAGGGUCAGGGAUCUAGCCUCAUAGGAAACUAGUGGAAUAAUCGAUCCCCGUUUGUAUAAUAUGUACACUACAGUAGUGUAUACCAUAAAAUCAUAAAUGUUCAUUCUUUUAGGGAAAAUGUUGUUGGACUUUCAGAAAAAGAGUUGUUAUAUAUACUAUGAAAAGAGUAUGGUUCCAUGUUCAGGAAAUCUCUUUGGUGGUUUUAAAUUGGAGAGUGAGAACGAGAGAGUUUUUAGAAAUCAGAUCUUUUGCAUCACAUUGUUGUCAGCGACUCAGCAUCGAAUGAUUAUUAUUUUGAAAUUCAAAUCUUUUCCUAUUUACGUAUAAGCUUA